AUCAGGAUGUUUGUCAGUAGCAGGAGGAUCAAGAAAUGGCAGUUUGUUCAGAUAGUUGCCACUUGUUUUAUACUAAGCCUCAUGUGUUUUUGGAUCCCAUCUGAUAAUCACAUUGUGAGCCACAUGAAGUCCUACUCUUACAGAUACCUCAUAAAUAGCUACGACUUUGUGAGUAAUACCUUAUCUAUUAACCGCAGUUUGGAGGACAUUCCUAGCUUCCGGUACUUGAUUAACCAUAAGGAGAAGUGUCAAGCACAAGAUGUCCUCCUUUUACUGUUUGUAAAGACUGCUCCUGAAAACUAUGAGCGUCGUUCUAUGAUUAGGAAAACGUGGGGCAAUGAGGAGUAUGUUUCAUCUCAGCUGAAUGCCAAUAUCAAAACUCUGUUUGCCUUAGGGACCUCAUCUAACCCACUGAAGAGAGAAGAACUGCAAAGAAAACUGGUUUGGGAAAAUGAAAUGUACAGUGAUAUAAUUCAGAAAGACUUUACUGAUUCUUUCUAUAAUCUGACUCUUAAAUUACUUCUGCAGUUCAGUUGGGCAAAUGCCUUUUGUCCACAUGCCAGAUUCUUCAUGACUGCUGAUGAUGACAUAUUUAUUCACAUGCCAAAUCUUGUUGAAUACCUUAAAAGUUUAGAACGAAUUGGUGUGCAAGAUUUUUGGAUUGGUUAUGUUCAUCGAGGUGCCCCACCCAUUCGAGACAGAAGGAACAAAUACUAUGUUCCCUAUGAAAUGUACCCAUGGCCAGCUUACCCUGACUAUACUGCUGGCGCUGCGUAUUUGAUCUCCAGUGAUGUAGCUGCCAAAGUCUAUGAGGCUUCACAGACCCUUAACACUAGUCUUUACAUAGACGAUGUGUUCAUGGGCCUCUGUGCCAGUAAAAUGGGAAUAGUACCACAAUACCAUGUGUUUUUUUCUGGGGAAGGUAAGACCCCUUAUCAUCCAUGCAUCUAUGAUAAAAUGAUAACAUCCCAUGGACAUGUACAAGACCUUCAGAGCCUUUGGGAGGAUGCCACAGAUCCUGAAGUUAAAAGGAUUUCAAAAGGUUUUCUUGGCCAAUUAUACUGUAGGUUAAUGAAGAUAGCUCUCCUUUGCAGAUUGAAAAUGAACACGUACCCUUGUAGGGCUGCAUUUAUCUGA